AUGACCACAGAGAAAGGGUUUCUUGGGGUCACACCACCAAUCUCGACGGCCGAAUCGACCGAGAGGGAAAAGGAGGUCACAGCGACCUUGAUGGAGGAGCUGAGAAGACAGAAUACUUUCGAGAGUGUGGAGGAGGCCCGGCUCAGUGCAUCCUCUGGAGAGGCAGGCGAUGCUGAGGUCGCUUUCGAUUUUCGCAGGGAAACCGUGCUCGGACGUGUAGCUGCCGUCGUCAAAAAAUUUGUGUAUGAGGUGUCCCUAUCUCGCGGACUUUCGGAGGCAGCAGCGAACGCUGCUGGGGGGAAAAUAUUUACCUUUGGUUCAUACCGUCUCGGCGUUCAUGGACCUGGGUCCGAUAUUGAUACUCUUUGCGUUGUCCCUAAACAUGUAUCUCGCGAAGACUUUUUUGAAAAGUUCGAGCCGAUGCUUAAAGAACUAGAGGGUGCUACGGAGGUAUCGGGUGUGCCGGAAGCGUACGUUCCGAUUAUCAAGGCCAAAAUCUCGGGGAUACCAUUAGAUCUCCUGAUGGCUCGUCUGGCGCUAUCAUCUAUACCAGAUGAUCUGUCAUUGAAGGACGAUAACCUUUUGCGAAAUCUAGACGAGCGAUGUGUGCGAAGUCUUGGAGGUUCACGGGUGAAUGAUGAAGCUCUGCGUCUGGUACCUAAUGUUGAGGUCUAUCGAGACUCGCUUCGAUGCAUCAAGCUCUGGGCCCAACGGAGGGCCAUCUACUCGAAUGUAAACGGGUUUUUGGGCGGUGUCGCAUGGGCAAUCCUUGUCGCCCGAAUAUGUCAGUUAUAUCCCAAUGCUACUGCGGGGGCGAUCGUUAGCCGAUUUUUCAUUAUCAUGUACCAAUGGUCGUGGCCCCAACCGGUGCUGCUGAAACAAAUAGAAGAAGGACCAUUACAAGUUCGCGUUUGGAAUCCAAAACUUUAUCCUGCAGAUCGAUCACAUAGGAUGCCUAUCAUCACACCCGCAUAUCCUGCAAUGUGCUCAACUCACAAUGUAACAGCAUCCACACAGAUGAUCGUCACCGAAGAGUUCAAGAAAGGAGCAGACAUCGUGGACAAGGUCAUUGUCGGGACAGCAAGUUGGUCAGAACUUUUCCAGAAACACGACUUCUUCCACAAGUAUCGAUAUUACCUUCAAGUUAUCGCAUCAACUGGCACUGCAGAACUGCAGAUCAAAUGGGCAGGAACUGUCGAGUCUCGGAUACGGCAGCUGGUCAUGAAGCUUGAAUACGUCGAUUCACUGAUUCUCGCGCAUCCAUUCAUCAAAGGCUUUGAUCAAGUUUCACAUUGUAUUACCGAAGAGGAAGUGAGACAGGUUGCACAAGGACAGAUCUCAGAUCUCAUCGCCAAGCGAACAAAAGCUGACAUCGAAGGCCUCGACGGUGCGAGCACAGUCCAUUCGACGACCUUCUACAUUGGACUUCUGAUCGAACCAAAGCCUCGUGCGUCCUCGAUUCCCACAUGGUUUCCUUGCGGAAUGUCUGCGGCUCAUCAUAUUUUCUGUUUUCAAGUUGGCGCUGUGGGCCCGCGGAGGCUCGAUAUAUCAUAUCCGACCACCGAGUUUACCAAACUUGUCAAGAUGUGGGAGAAGUACGAUGAGGAUACGAUGGGAAUUGUAGUGCGGAACAUCAAAAGGUCGUGCAAUUUGAUGCGGCAAGUCAUCCCUUCCGAUCUCAUUCAUUUCACUAGUUCUGCUCUUCCCGACUACGUGUUUGACGAAGGCGAGCGACAACCUAAACAGGCCCUGAAACGCCCCAAAACAGGCAAAGGAUCGGGCAAGUCAAGCAAUACCUCGCCUGAUAUGCCCAACAAGAAGAGACGAUCGGAGACAACACAAGAUAACGAGAAUGGUAUUCCAGGCUUGUCAUUCUCCAGCGCAAUGCUACAUGGCGAAACCAAUGGCCUAUAUGCUCCUAUCAAUCGGGCCGUCAGCGAAAUCAAGUCCCCUCAGCUUCCUCUUGGUGAAAACGCUGUUGUCGCCACGGGAGCGAAAUAG